AUGCAGCUAUCUCUGGGAGUCUACGUCGCAGCUACGUAUUAUAACGUGUGUCCGACGAUGAUGCAGCUAUCUCUGGGAGUCUACGUCGCAGCUAUGUAUUAUAACGUGUGUCCGACGAUGAUGCAGCUAUCGCUGGGUGUCUACGUCGCAGCUAUGUAUUAUAACGUGUGUCCGACGAUGAUGCAGCUAUCGCUGGGUGUCUACGUCGCAGCUAUGUAUUAUAACGUGUGUCCGACGAUGAUGCAGCUAUCUCUGGGUGUCUACGUCGCAGCCAUGUAUUAUAACGUGUGUCCGACGAUGAUUCAGCUAUCGCUGGGUGUCUACGUCGCAGCUAUGUAUUAUAACGUGUGUCCGACGAUGAUGCAGCUAUCGCUGGGUGUCUACGUCGCAGCUAUGUAUUAUAACGUGUGUCCGACGAUGAUGCAGCUAUCGCUGGGAGUCUACGUCGCAGCUAUGUAUUAUAACGUGUGUCCGACGAUGAUGCAGCUAUCUCUUGGUGUCUACGUCGCAGCUAUGUAUUAUAACGUGUGUCCGACGAUGAUGCAGCUAUCGCUGGGUGUCUACGUCGCAGCUAUGUAUUAUAACGUGUGUCCGACGAUGAUGCAGCUAUCGCUGGGUGUCUACGUCGCAGCUAUGUAUUAUAACGUGUGUCCGCCGAUGAUGCAGCUAUCGCUGGGUGUCUACGUCGCAGCUAUGUAUUAUAACGUGUGUCCGACGAUGACGCAGCUAUCGCUGGGUGUCUACGUCGCAGCCAUGUAUUAUAACGUGUGUCCGACGAUGAUGCAGCUAUCGCUGGGAGUCUACGUCGCAGCUACGUAUUAUAACGUGUGUCCGACGAUGACGCAGCUAUCGCUGGGUGUCUACGUCGCAGCCAUGUAUUAUAACGUGUGUCCGACGAUGAUGCAGCUAUCGCUGGGUGUCUACGUCGCAGCUAUGUAUUAUAACGUGUGUCCGACGAUGAUGCAGCUAUCUCUGGGUGUCUACGUCGCAGCUAUGUAUUAUAACGUGUGUCCGACGAUGACGCAGCUAUCGCUGGGUGUCUACGUCGCAGCUAUGUAUUAUAACGUGUGUCCGACGAUGAUGCAGCUAUCGCUGGGUGUCUACGUCGCAGCUAUGUAUUAUAACGUGUGUCCGACGAUGAUUCAGCUAUCUCUGGGUGUCUACGUCGCAGCUAUGUAUUAUAACGUGUGUCCGACGAUGACGCAGCUAUCGCUGGGUGUCUACGUCGCAGCUAUGUAUUAUAACGUGUGUCCGACGAUGAUGCAGCUAUCGCUGGGUGUCUACGUCGCAGCUAUGUAUUAUAACGUGUGUCCGACGAUGAUGCAGCUAUCUCUGGGUGUCUACGUCGCAGCUAUGUAUUAUAACGUGUGUCCGACGAUGACGCAGCUAUCGCUGGGUGUCUACGUCGCAGCUAUGUAUUAUAACGUGUGUCCGACGAUGAUGCAGCUAUCGCUGGGUGUCUACGUCGCAGCUAUGUAUUAUAACGUGUGUCCGACGAUGAUGCAGCUAUCUCUGGGAGUCUACGUCGCAGCUAUGUAUUAUAACGUGUGUCCGACGAUGAUGCAGCUAUCGCUGGGUGUCUACGUCGCAGCUAUGUAUUAUAACGUGUGUCCGACGAUGAUGCAGCUAACUCUGGGUGUCUACGUCGCAGCUAUGUAUUAUAACGUGUGUCCGACGAUGAUGCAGCUAUCGCUGGGUGUCUACGUCGCAGCUAUGUAUCAUAACGUGUGUCCGACGAUGACGCAGCUAUCGCUGGGUGUCUACGUCGCAGCCAUGUAUUAUAACGUGUGUCCGACGAUGAUGCAGCUAUCGCUGGGUGUCUACGUCGCAGCUAUGUAUUAUAACGUGUGUCCGACGAUGAUGCAGCUAUCUCUGGGUGUCUACGUCGCAGCUAUGUAUUAUAACGUGUGUCCGACGAUGAUGCAGCUAUCGCUGGGUGUCUACGUCGCAGCUACGUAUUAUAACGUGUGUCCGACGAUGACGCAGCUAUCGCUGGGUGUCUACGUCGCAGCCAUAUGUAUUAUAACGUGUGUCCGACGAUGA